GCCAGCCAAAACCACCUGGAACAAUGCAGUCUGCCGAGACCAAAUUCAACAAAAACAGCCUGCUCCUGACAUUGCGGCAGUACAACACAGCUGUCAGUGACAUGGAGCGGACCAUCCUUCUCCCAAGCCUGCUGCGGGAUGUGCCCUCAGAUGAGGUGUGGGACUGUGAAGCAGCAGAGGAAUCCUGCAAAGACCUGUAUGAGAACUACUUGAUGCUAAAGGCCAUAAGAACCACCGUGGAGUGCGGUCUCGUUGCCCUGGAUGGCUGCAAAGCCAAGACCAACACAUCUGUGAACAAGACCCUGGAACCUCUCUCGGAGACAGAUCCCGAAGCCCUCUUCCACUUCCACCUGAAAGGACUGUAUUCUGUGAUGAGCAACCUGACAGAGAAGACUCACAACCUCACAGAUAAAUAUAUGGACAUCAUCGGAAUUGCAAAUUAGAUGUUUGGUUGGACGUUUCAGUAUCAAUCAAGAAAUGAAGAAAAACUUGGAAUGGGUUAAACCACAGUGUAUUUGGCAAACUGACUUUACAAUUUAAGUAACAAUGUGGUUCUGAGAUGGAAUGGAAAAGUGCUAUGCCAAGGUUGAUCAUCUCUAUAUUUGAGCUAAUUUGCAAAAAAUAUCUUGAAGAAAAGCCCUUUGUCUCAUUUAAUUUAAAUACAUUUAUUAUGUAUACUUGU